AUGUUAUCUAUUCCUAUAAUACAAAUAGAUUCUAAAAAAGCUCAUAAACUAGAUAUAUUUAUUGCUCUGCGUAAGAUUUAUUAUCAACCUAAUGGCUAUCAAAAAACUGUAAAAAAAUUAUAUGAAGCUUCUUUAAAAGCUGGGUAUAAUUUUUCUAUUGAUGAAGUAUAUGAUUGGCUUGAAAAACAGGCUUUGCAUCAGAUUCAUAAGCCUAGACCAAAGUUUAUUCAGCAUGCCUCCUUUAAUAAUAUACAAAUUUUAAAUAAAGUACACCAAUCUGAUACUACACCUAUGCUUCAUAAUAAAGUUGGCAAUCGGAUUUACAAGUAUAGAGGCGUAAUAAAAGAUAUUGCAACCAGAUAUCGAUGUAGUUUCGCUUUAACUGAUAAAACAGCAUCACAAAUGGCUAGAGUGAUUAAGAAAAUUUAUAAUGAUUCGAAAUGCCCACUUAGCUGGCCAAAACUUUUAAUCCUAGACAAAGGAUCUGAAUAUAUGGGUGAGUGUAGAGAUUUAUUGCUUGAGUAUGGCGUAAAAAUUCAGUAUGCUAAAUCUAAGGAAGGCAAUGCUAUAGCAGAGUGCGAUCACCAGGAAUUUGAAAAGCAUUCUUUUAUUCAACAAGAUGCUAAAGAUUUACUGUUACCUUUAUCAGAACGUUCUAGAGACUGGGUUAGAAGCCUUCAUAUUAAUGAUAAUAAUUUUAAUAGUGCCUCUACUCGGUUAAUAGGUAUGUCUUCUAACGAAGCUGUAGAAAAGGCAUUAAAAGAAAAGAAGAUAAUUGCUAAGCCAACUAUAAAACACAAAAGGCCUAUCAGAUAUAAUGAACCUUGUUUAUCCUAUUAUGAUAUGGUGAGAUAUCUUCUUAAACCUGAUGAACUAGAACAUGGUCCUGCUAGAAGACGAAUUACUGACAUGAACUGGAGUCCUAAGCUAGAAGAUGAAAAUGGUAAUGGUCCAGAAAGAUCUUUUGUAAGAGAGCAGCUUCAAAUUAUAAAAGAUGUUGAAUACCCACCCCAAUGGGUGCUUACGAAUUAA